CUCUUUUUGACCGUUGCUUUCCUCAACGUCUCUUUCUGAACUCUCUCUCUCAUCAGCUCCCUCUUCUUUUCCCCCCCUACAACCAGAUUUGUCUUCUAAAAAGUUCUCUUUUCAUUUUUCGUUCUACGGAUUGAUCGAUGAAACCAGGAAACGGAGUUCCUUACUGUUUAAGCUUCCUCUGCUUAUGAGAUUCGGUUUUAGCAGAGAUUUCAUCUAGAAGAAACGAUUGCUUUGAAAUAGAAUUCAUUUUCAUCUGGCCUCAAAAAAUCCUUAUGAAUUUGGUGGAAAAUAUAUGGCCUUCUUAUAAUCUGGGUUUUCCAUCUGAGCUUGAAAAAUUCAUAGAAGGUGAUAGAGAAAGAGCGAGAUGGGAUGUUCUAAUUCAAAGCUGGAUAAUGAAAAGGCAGUGCAGCUUUGUAAGGAUAGGAAAAGAUUUAUUAAACAGGCUGUGGAGCAGAGGAUCAGAUUUGCCUCUGUACAUGUUGCUUAUCUACAGUCCUUAAAACGAGUCUCUGAUGCUCUUCAUAAUUAUGUUGAGGGAUAUGAAUCCCUUGACUUUCUGUUGGAUUCAUACACUACCCCACCUUUGACGCCCACCAAAAAUAUUGGCCCGGAUAUCAUCUCAGUUUCAUCUAAAUCCUUGUCAACAUCGCCAAUUCAAUCUGAGACAAACUCAUUUUUCAAAGUGAAUUGCCUGAAGUCGGGUGGAAAUCCAUCGGUUUAUGUUGAGGAGAGACCCCCGUCUCCAGAGAUGGUGAGAAUUGAAUCAUAUUCCCCAAUGCACCGUUUUGGGAUUGAUGGAUUCUUUACAAUGAAGUCUUCACCCAUGAAUUCAUCACCAUCAUUCAUCUCUUCAUCUCCAAACAAUGGAUCUAGUUUUCCUCCCCCAUCACCCCAGGCUUCUCAAUGGGACUUAUUUUGGAAUCCAUUUUCCUCAUUGGAUGUGUAUAGCUAUACCGCUUGGGGUAGUCUGGAUCACACUGAAAUGGAUAAUGAGAUCACAGGAUUGAGGCAGGUUCAAGAAGAAGGAAUUCCUGGUUUGGAUGAAGUGGAAGGAAAGAAAGAAGACAAGGAAGAUGAGAAGGUAGAAAUGACAGAAGGAACUAAAAUCGACUCAGACUGUUGUAGAGAAGCGGUUAUAGUCAAAGAUGCUUCUGAAACUGGAAGUGACACUGAUGCUGAGCAUAAAGUUAAAGGACUACAGUCCCAUGGUGCUAAGAAUACUGAAGUAUCAAAAGCACAAAAUGAAGAACUUAAAGUGAGUAAUCAAGAGACUACUGUUGCUGAUCAAGAAGCAAAGAAAGAAACACCUGGUUUUACUGUUUAUGUAAACCAAAGACCAACAAGUAUGACAGAGGUCAUCAAGGACCUAGAGACUCAGUUCAUUAUAAUUUGUAAUUCAGCUAAUGAGAUAUUGAAGAUGUCAGAGGCUAGCAACGCUCAGAACACCACAUUCUCAAAUGAACUCACGGGUCUGAAAAUGCUAAAUCCAAUUGCAUUAUUCUAUUCAGUUUCAUCACACUCAUCAAGAGUUUUCAACAAUUCUUCAAGUUUUGAGAAUGUGGGUUAUGAUAGUAGCAGUGACUUUUCUGAAGACUCGUGUAUGUUCUCAGGGAGUGACCAAUCAACUCUAGACAAGCUAUAUGCUUGGGAGAAGAAGCUAUACAAGGAAGUCAAGUCUGGAGCACAGAUUCGUAUUGCCUAUGAGAAGAAAUACAUGCAACUCAUGAACCAAAAAGGGAAAGCAGAGGAUCCCUCUGUGGUACAUAAAACAAAAGCAGCAAUAAGAGAUCUCCAUACACAGAUCAAGGUCUCAAUACACUCCAUUGAAACAGUAUCGAAAAGAAUUGAAACUUUAAGGGAUGAAGAAUUACAGCCACAGCUUUUGGAAUUGAUACAAGGGUUAGCAAAGAUGUGGAAAGUGAUGGCAGAGUGUCACUGUACCCAGAAGCGUACAAUAGACGAAGCCAUGCUCUUACUAGCUCCGAAACUGAAGGAGCCGAAACACACCAGAAUAGCAGCACCAAGUGAACUACUAGACCGACUAGUUAGAUCGGCUUCACAGCUUGAGACAGAGCUCCGAAAUUGGCGAGCUUGCUUCGAGUCAUGGAUCUCUUCACAGCGAUCCUACGUUCAAGCACUAACCGGGUGGCUCCUCCGAUGCAUCUGCUCCGAUCCUGAAACAUCAAAGUUGUUACCCCUCUCUCCUCACCGUUCUGGUGGGACCCCUCCCAUAUUUGGAAUUUGCAUUCAAUGGUUCAGAUUCCUCGACACCAUCAGUGGGAAACCUGUAAUGGAUGGCCUCGAUUUUUUUGCCAAUGGGGUGAGAUUGAGAUCAGUAGUACACGCAGAGAAACCAUGUGACGAGAAGUUGGGGUGGGAAUGGGAUUGCCGCCAAACUCUGACAGAGUCGAAGCGAUUUGCUGGAGAGAAGCUGGAGGUGGUGGAGGUGAGUCGCAGUCUGGGGGACUCGGUGGUAGCAGAAGAGAUGGCUUCAGGGGUUGUUGGCAUGAGAGUUCUCUGUGCUGGGAUGUCGGUCGCCAUGAGCUCUAUAACAGAAUUUGCGGUUAGGUCGGCAGAAGGGUACACAGAGCUGGUUAAGCUAUGGGAGAAUGUAGGUAAUGGGGGGGAUAGAGAGGAGGAAGGGAUCCAUCCUUUCACCACUGAGAGCUUGAGCGCUAACUCACCUCCUCCUCUCUGAUUUUUUAGAUAUUACAUAUGUGCACAUUUAUUUUAAAUUAAAUCAUUAAAAAUAGUGAAAUUUCUUAUUUAUGACAAACAAGGUUCUAAGGUGUAUUAAAAAUAGUGAAAUUUCUUAUUUAUGACAAACAAGGUUCUAAGGUGUA